AUGGACCGUGCACCCGAACCAAUCGCCAUAUGUGGCAUGGCACUUCGCCUACCCGGCGCGCUAAAAACACCUGAGCAGUUCUGGGCACUUCUCACUCAAAAGAGAGAUGCUCGCGCCCGCAUUCCAUCACAACGCUUCGAUGCCGAGGCAUUUCAUUCGGCUUCAGGGAAAUCCGGAUACAUCAACUCACAAUAUGGCUACUUCUUGGACGAAAGUGCCGACGUGGGUGCUGUCGACACAUCCUUCUUUCGCAUGUCGCAACAAGAGUCCUGCCGCAUGGAUCCACAGCAGAAGAUGCUCCUUGAGCUUACAAGAGAGUGUUUCGAGAGUGCUGGAGAGACCGAAUGGCGCGGAAAAGAUAUCGGAACAUAUGUUGGAUCGUUCGGAAACGACUGGAUGGAGAUGUCCUUGAAAGACCCCCUUUCAAAAAGCAUGUACAAAAUCACUGGUCAUGGUGACUUCAUGCAUGCAAACCGGCUGGCUUACGAGUACGACUUGAAAGGCCCAAGCAUGACCGUACGGACAGCAUGCUCUGCAUCCUUGUUAGGCUUGCACGAAGCAUGCGUUGCAGUUCGAAAUGGAGACUGUAGCGCAGCUCUGGUUGGUGGCUGCAAUCUUCUCUGGAGCCCCGACGCUAUGUCUGAUAUGUCAGAACAAGGUGUUCUCUCAUCAGAAUCCUCUUGCCGAACGUUCGAUGCAAGUGCUGACGGGUAUGCUCGUGGAGAAGCUGUAAACAUGAUCUACAUCAAACCUUUGAGCGCAGCUAUCAGCGAUGGAAACCCAAUCCGUGCUAUUAUCCGCGGCACAGCAUCAAACGCAGACGGAAAGACUCAGGGUAUGAGCUUGCCUAGCUCAACCAGUCAGGAGCAAAUGAUGCGCAAGGCGUACAAAUCUGCAGGAAUUGCAGAAACCGACAUCCGACAAACUGCUUUUGUCGAAUGCCACGGUACAGGAACACCAACAGGUGAUCCUGUCGAGACUACAGCGGUGGGCAAUGUUUUUGGUAACAGUGGUGUUUAUAUUGGGUCCGUUAAGCCAAACGUUGGUCAUUCCGAGGGAGCAUCAGGAAUAACUUCCGUAAUCAAGGCUGUCCUCGCUUUAGAGAACCGCGUGAUUCCACCGAAUAUCAAAUUCGAAACACCAAAUCCCAACAUUCCGUUUGCAGAGAAGGAUUUGAGGGUCCCGACCGAGUGCAUAAAAUGGCCCAAAGAUAAACUCGAGCGAGUUUCUGUCAAUAGCUUUGGGAUUGGUGGCGCCAAUGCUCAUGUUAUACUCGAAUCUGCAGCUUCAUACGACUCAUCUCAGAUCGGCCAACCGGCGGUUCAGGGAGACAAGCUGCCCAUGGAACAAGACUCAACAAAACUUGAGGACUCAGGAAAGUUGUUUCUUGUCUCAGCAAAUACAUCAGAGUCUUUGCAGGUCCGCUUGCAGGAUCUGCGCAGUUAUGCCUUGAAGAAUUACGAGAAGAUCGAUGCCAUUUCCUAUACAUUGGCUUGCCGACGCGAACAUCUAGCCCAUCGUGCCUUUAGUGUUGUAAAGGGCGCAACCGUGGAUUCCCGCGCCGGUGUCUCCUUCACUGGAGCGUUUCCUCCGCGAUUGGCCAUGGUGUUCACUGGCCAAGGUGCGCAGUGGCCACAAAUGGGGACUGAGCUUUUACGAGCAAAUCCUACAUUUGCUUCUUCAAUCAGAGCUAUGGAUCGUGAGCUGAAAUCUCUGCCAUCACCACCAUCUUGGAGCAUAGAGGGCGAGUUAGCCAAGGACACUGACUCCAGUCAUGUGAAUGAAGCUGCACUUUCCCAGCCAUUGUGUACUGCUAUCCAAGUGGCUCUUGUCGAUGCUCUUGCUGAUCUUGCUAUCACACCUGAUUCUGUACUUGGCCAUUCAUCUGGCGAGGUUGCCGCAGCCUACGCAGCGGGCAGAAUAUCCCGUCGGGAAGCCAUUCAUAUCGCGUAUUACCGUGGGGUCGUUUCACAGCAGGCACCGCGAGGUGGUUCGAUGGCUGUCAUCGGUUUGGGUUGGGAUGAGGUUGCUCUCUAUCUCAAGCAGGGCGCUGUGAUUGCGUGCAACAAUUCGCCGUCCAACGUCACCAUCUCUGGUGAUACAGCAGCCGUGCAAGAGGUAGUGGAAGCUGUUCAAUCAUACAAGCCUGAGACCUUCGUGCGUAUGUUGAGAGUGGAUGUUGCGUACCAUUCACAUCAUAUGCUCACUGUAGGAGCCGAAUACCAAAGCAAGAUGGCAUCUUUUCAAGGAGAUGACCAUCUUCAGGAGCAAGCAUCUUCUCACCCGGAUUUCUUCUCGAGUGUCACCGGAAAAUUCUUGCCAGCGUCCGAGCGCAUCGACGCCCACUACUUUCGUCGCAACCUCGAAUCACCGGUCCUUUUCUUACAAGCUUUUGAUAGCCUUUUGGCAAGAUACAAGGACUCUGCACAACGUAACCUCUGCUUUCUCGAGAUAGGGCCUCACAGUGCCCUUUCAGGACCCAUCCGCCAGAUAAUGACUCAAAAAUCACUAAACCUUUCAUAUGUGUCGUGUCUCCAUCGGAAAACGGAUGCAAAUGGAACAUAUCUCGCUGCUCUUGGUACACUGUGGCAGUACGGUAUCGACUUCGACUUGAAUCGACUCACCAACCCCUCCAAAACUGCCAAAGUACUUACAAACAUUCCACUGUAUCCCUGGCAUCAUGAAGGUGCUCAUGUGUUCCAAAAUCGAAUCGCUCAGGCUUGGCGAUAUCCGAAAUUCCCACAUCAUGAGCUCCUUGGAUCAUUGAUCUUGGAGAAUACCGAGGAUCACCCCGGAUUCAGAAACAUUUUGCAGCUUGAGAAAAUUCCUUGGCUGCGAGACCACAAUAUCCAUGGUGACGUGGUUUUCCCGUGUGCGGCAUAUGUGGCUAUGGUUGGUGAGGCUAGUCGGAGGCUUCACUCUUCCGCUGGAAGUAAUGCUUUUGCUGGCUUCAGUGUCAAGAACAUGGUCAUCGGCACUGCAAUGGUUUUGGAAGAAAACAAACCAAUCGAGAUGGUCACGUCAUUGAGAAGAUGGCGAAUUACUGACACUUCGGAGAGUAACGGGUGGGAAUUUACGAUAUCCACGUAUGCAGGGACCAGCUGGAUUAAACACUGCUCGGGAUCGGUUGAAGCAAUCCAGUCUCCGCCGCUUUCGCAUCCACCUGUAAGCCCCGAGAGUGCCUUCACACGAAGCACUGAUGCAGCCAAAUGGUACCAAGCCAUGUGGAAUGUUGGGGCAAGGUACGGGCCCUUCUUCCAAGGAAUGAAAAACCCUGUAUGCUCACCAAACGAGCAAAUCGCCAAGGUUGUCGCUUGCGAUAACACGCCAAAGGAUUGUGAAUCGAAGUAUCUAGUUCACCCAACAACAAUCGACAUAUUCCUUCAGGCUACCAGCAUCGCUGCCUGCUACGGAAAAGGACAUGCCCUGGAGCGAAUGAAUGUGCCCACAUUCCUAAAGCAACUGGAGGUAUACAGCUGUCCAGGCGAUCUUCAGGUCCAUACGUCUGCGAAAAUCAUGGCUCAUGGUAGAAUUCAUGCGUGCGGCUAUGCAUUCGACGCAAAAGGAUCACUUGCUAUGAAGCUGGACACCGCGAAAAUGACACCAUUGGAAAAAGAAGUCGAGAUAGAUCCUCAUGCCGCAGGUGUGAUGACCUGGGAUCUAGAACCUAGUUUCACAUCAAUGUCGACAUUGGUGCGACAAAGUACUCCACCGGAAAAAUACGGAACGAUCAUGCAACAAUUCACGUCACUCCAGAUUCAAACUGCAUUGGAGAGGAUCAAGAACGUGGAGCUAGCGUCAGGAGCAGCAAUAUCUUUUGUAGCUUGGAUGAAGCGACAGCCUAUCGUCAGCACAGCACGUUCAACGGAAAUGAUAUCAGCUGAAGCAAACAAUUGUGUAGCUCCUGCAUAUGUGAGCGCAAUGGAGAAGAUUACAGAGAACAUUGUGGAGCUUGUGACUGAUCAGAUGUCGCCACUAGAACUUCUGAUGGCAGAUAACUCCCUGGCUCGGAUAUACCAACACAAACUGGCUGAUCUGACUCCUUACCUUAAACUUCUUGGGCAUCAGAAACCGAACAUGCGCGUUCUUGAAAUUGGUGCUGGGACUGGAGGAACGACCCGCGAAUUUCUAUCGAGUCUGAUCAAUCCUUCGGACCAGGGCAGAUUAUGGUCCUCUUACACCUACACAGACAUAUCAGCAGGUUUUUUCAAUGCUGCAAAGGAAACCUUCAAGGAUCACCCGGCUCUCGAUUUCAAGGUCCUCGACAUCACGAAAGACCCAAUCACUCAAGGAUUCCAGCCCCAUUCGUACGACCUUGUCAUUGCCGCCAAUGUUAUACACGCUGUUCCCAAUCUUCAGCAGACUUUGCGCAAUGUUCAUACUCUACUACAACCCAACGGAACAUUCUACCUCGAAGAGCUCUGUUGUGAUAUAAAAGCCACGAACUACGUUAUGGGUUUGCUUCCUGGUUGGUGGUUAGGUGAGCAAGACGGACGUGCGGAUGAGCCAUAUGUACAGCCUGAGAGAUGGGACAGUGAGCUCCGGGCUGCGGGCUUCACUGGCCUAGUCGAUUGCAUGCUGGAUGCACCUCGACCAUACCAGUCCAGUGCGUACAUGAUAACGAGCCCUAUGAUUGACGAAGCUCUACCGAAGCCCAUUACUUUGCUUUUCGAUGAUGGCUCACAACAAACUGCCAAAGAUUUGGAAAUUGAGUUGUCUCAAAAUGGUCAAUUUGAAGUUCUGCUCCAGCACUGGGAUACAGGAACAGUUUCACCGAAGAUGGACGCGAUUUGUUUACUCGAUGUGAACAAGCCAUUCUUCAUGAAUAUUGAUGCCUCCCGUUUCGAAAAGUUUCGCCAGUUGAUGAUUCAAAUAUCCGAGUCAAGAGAUGGAAUUCUCUGGCUGACUCGCAGUUCUCAGCUUCGUUGUGAACAUCCUCAAUGGGGUCAAACACCCGGAGCUAUUCGCGGCAUUCGAAAAGACAUGGAACUUGAUAUUGCAAUGUGCGAAAUUGAUCGCUUGAACAGUUCAAGUUGGAAAGCCGUAACUCAAAUAGCACAGAAAUUUUGUGGUCGUGGUCACAUCGCGAGGCGAUAUUUGGAGCUUGAGUACGCCAUUGAACAUGGAGAUGUAUAUGUGCCACGCAUGUAUCCAUUCUCUAUCAAUCAAGAGCUACAAAAUCUGGAAACUUCCUCGUCGAUCAAAGACGAUGUUGAAUUAGAUCUAACGAUUGGAGCUGUUGGUAGGCUUGACACACUCCAGUGGACUACACGUUCCAACCAAAAGCCAGAAGAGGGUCAAAUUGCUGUUGAGAUCAUGGCAACCGGACUCAAUUUCAGGGACGUGUUGACUGCUAUGGACCUUCUCGAAGUACCACGCCAAGUCCUAGGAUUGGAAGCUGCAGGAGUAGUGCGCGAGAUUGGCCCAGGAGUUAAAGACCUAGCAAUUGGAGAUCGUGUCAUCGUAAUGGGUGGCGCGAGUCUGUUUACGACCAAGGCCCUCGUGCCCAGUGUCAAUUGCUGGAAGUUUCCGACUUCCCUCUCCUUCCAACAGGCUGCUACAAUGCCCUGUGUAUUCAUGACAGUUAUUUACGGUCUGCUGGAAGUUGGUCAGAUGCAUAGUGGGCAAACGAUCCUAAUCCACUCUGCAUGUGGUGGAGUUGGCCUUGCAGCUAUUCAAGUUUGUCGCAUGCUUGGGGCUACGAUAUACUGCACAGUCAGUUCGGAAGAGAAGGUCAAAUUCUUGGUGGAGGAUAUCGGUAUACCAAGACGCCACAUCUUCGACUCGCGCAGUCGGUCAUUCUUGACUGAUGUCAUGCGCGUCACCAAUGGCGCUGGGGUAGACCUUGUGCUCAACUCACUUUCGGGCGACCUUCUCCAUGCAUCUUGGGAAUGUGUAGCGCAAUUUGGCAAAAUGAUCGAAAUCGGAAAACGGGAUUUGAUUGCCAACGGCCGCAUAUCUCUAAACCCUUUUGCAGAGAAUCGGAGUUUUCAUGGCAUCGAGCUAGCUCAUCUUCUCAACCAUCGACCGAAUGAGUGUCGAAGGCUAUUGGUAAAGAUGGUGGAACUCUAUGAGGCAGGGCACAUCCAGCCCAUCUUUCCAAUAAAGAACUUCCAGAUGGCCGAAGCUGAGCAAUGCUUCCGAUACAUGCAACAGGGUUGGCAUAUUGGCAAAGUCAUCCUAUCUAUGGAGAGUUCCGCCAGCCGACCACUCACUUCCCUAGGCCUGACCACGACUCAUCCUAAGCGCAAGCCUCAUAUAAACUCACAUGCCAGCUAUCUGCUUGCUGGCGGCCUCGGUGGGUUAGGCCGAAUCGUGGCCAACUGGUUAGUCGAGAAUGGAGCGCGACACCUGAUAUUUCUUUCUCGAUCUGCUGGCGAGAAAGAAUCCGACAAAGGUUACUUCAAGGACCUCGAAAGCCAAGGCUGCACUGUCACGGCUGUAAAGGGGAACGUCGCCAUUGCGAAAGACGUGGAGAAGGCUAUCACAGCUGCGACCGCUCCUGUACGCGGUGUGAUGAAUCUCGGCAUGGAGUUGCAAGACAUGAGCUUUCAUCAAAUGACCCACGAAUCAUGGAGUGCAGCGAAUGAUCCAAAAGUCCAGGGAACAUGGAAUCUGCACAAUGCAUGCGUGGCCAGAGAGAUCGACCUUGAUUUCUUCCUCCUGUUCAGCUCCAUUGUAGGUGUCUUCGGUGGCCCAGGCCAAGCCAAUUACGGAGCAGCAAACACGUUUCUUGAAGCUUUUGUACAAUAUCGGCACUCGCUAGGCAUGAAUGCUUCUGCCAUCAACGUCUGUUUGAUGCAUGACCACGGAUAUGUCGCAGAGAACCCGCUGAUGCUGGAACGUAUGCGAUUGCAAGGGACAUACGGAAUCAGCACACCGCAGCUACUGGACGCUAUCACACUAUCGCUGAGUACUGUUGAAGCGAAGGUGACGGCCAGAACUUCAAGAACCUGCCGGUCUUUAAGGACUCUCGGUCUUCGAAGCCAAACACCACUUUCUGAUCCUUCGAACCGCGUAGCGUGGAAAGACGACCGACGGAUGACAUACUAUCGCAAUCUCGAUACGGUUACCCAUGUAUCCUCUUCCGCUGGCGCAGGUGCAGAUUGUGCAACGGAUGCAAUCAAGGAUUUCAUGAAUCAAGUUCUUGCAGACCCAAUUAUCUUGACACAAUCCGCCACAGCUGAUUUCCUAGCACGACAAAUUGCGAAGAAAAUGGCCAUCAUGCUUCUUCGCCCACUGGACGGCAAGGACGACAGUGAGAUUGAUGUAUCAAGCUCACUUCAAGAUUCUGGACUGGACAGCUUGGUCGCUAUAGAGAUGCGCAGCUGGUGGAGGACAACCUUUGGCUUUGAGAUUAGUGUUCUGCAAAUGCUCGGAGCUGAGAACAUGUUGGCACUUGGAGAACGGGCGACUGAAGGGCUGAAACUCAAGUAUUCCGCCAUUCAAGAAGCUGCUGUGCCUCCUACACUCGCAGGAACAGUACCACCGUAA